AUGGCCAUGGCAUAUCCAUACACCGUCUAUCGCGGUACAUUUAUCCAUCUCCCCCGGCUUAGUUCGAGUUCGGCGAAGCCGGAGCUUGCUCGAAAUCAAGGUGCCCUGUGGGUCUCUUCUGAAGAUGGCCGUAUCAAGGGAUAUAAUUGGCAAGUCCGCGAUGAUGCCAGCUUCCAAUCGUUCCUGUCUCGCCACGGCUGGACUGAUGCCGAUGCUACAACCAAUGCCAAUGCCAAUUCAUCCACCAAAGUCAAGGUUGUAAAGUCCAACGAUGAACGAAACGAGUUCUUUUUUCCCGGCUUCAUCGACACCCACAUUCACGCGCCACAGUUCCCCAACAUUGGGCUGUUCGGCUCCGCAGGCCUCCUGGACUGGCUGAAUGAAUACACCUACCCAGUAGAAGCCAGCUUCGAGUCCAACUCGCAAGACACAGACCCCAGUCACACGCCCCCCGAGGGCCUGCGCGUCUAUGAUCAAGUCGUCGCUCGCACUCUGGCCCACGGCACAACAUGCGCUUCUUACUUCGCCACCAUCCACGUCCCGGCCACCAACGCCCUCGCAGCACUCUGCCACGCCCACGGCCAACGCGCCUUCAUCGGCCGCGUCUGCAUGGACAACCGCGAUCAAUGCCCGUCUUAUUACGUUGACCAGUCCGCCGAUGAGGGUUUCAAUGCAACAAAGUCGACAAUAGACUACAUCCAGACCCUAGACCCGAAAGGAACAUUGAUCAGCCCAAUCAUCACCCCCAGAUUCGCCCCAAGCUGCUCAAACCACUCCCUCGAUGGCCUCGGCAAACUGGCCGCGUCUUAUAGCCCGCCCCUCCACAUCCAAACACAUAUUUCUGAGACAACCGACGAGAUUGAUCUCGUCCAUCAACUGUUCCCGGAGGCAGCCAGCUACGCCGACGUCUACGACAAGGCUCACCUGCUUACCUCCCGCACCAUCCUCGCGCACGGGGUGCACCUUACUCGCGACGAGCGGGCUCUCAUCCGCGAGCGCGGCUCUAAGGUCGCGCACUGCCCAUCGUCAAACUCCGCCCUGGGCUCAGGGCUUGCUCCUGUCCGCAUCAUGCUUGAUGAAGGCCUCACGGUUGGUCUGGGCACGGAUGUGAGCGGCGGGUACAGCCCCAGUAUCCUUGAAGUGGCCCGACAGGCCUGUCUGGUGUCUAGAUUGGUUGGUUAUAGCGCCGAGUUCCAACAGAUGACGGGCAACUCAACAUCAACUGGCCAUGAGAGACUUUCUGUUGAGGAGAGUCUUUACCUGGCCACGCGCGGCGGCGCAGCAGUCGUCGACAUGGCAGAUGACAUUGGCGGUUUCGAUAAGGGGAUGAUUUGGGAUGCGCAGCUGAUUGAGCUGGGUGCUGUGCAGAAUAACACCGUAAGCCCGCUUGAUGUAGCGCAUGUGGAUGGCCUCGCUGGUCGGAGCCUUGCCGAGUCUGGUCCUGUGGGUAAUGUUGGCUUGUUUGGAAAUGAGACUUGGCAGGAGCAGAUUCAGAAGUGGAUGUGGGGUGGCGAUGAUCGGAAUGUGAAGAAUGUGUGGGUUCAGGGCAAGCUGGUGCAUACCAGAAAGUAG